AUGGCCUCGAUUUUCGUUCCAGAACCUUCACUCCUGCCUAAUUCCACAGCUUCCGUUUCUUCUCCGGCUAAUCGGCUGCCGUGCCUGCUGCUAUGCCGUCCAGACCGACGCCUCUUCUCAAUCUCCGUCGCCACGUGUCGCGCUUUGGGGCUCCGGAGGUCCUUCAAUGUCGCCGCCAGCGCCGCCUUGACGUCUAAUUCCGUACCGGAAAAGAAUGGAAUUCAUGUAGUUGGCGAUUUUAUGACGCCUAGAAAGGAUUUGCGUGUGGUUAAGCCCACAACUACUGUAGAUGAAGCUAUAGAACUUCUUGUAGAAAACAGAAUCACUGGUUUUCCAGUGAUCGACGACGACUGGAAAUUGGUCGGUCUUGUUUCAGAUUAUGACUUAUUGGCAUUGGACACCAUAUCAGGUCAAGGAAGAACUGACAACAGCAUGUUUCCAGAAGUGGACAGCUCUUGGAAAACUUUCAACGAGGUACAGAACUUGCUCAGUAAAACCAAUGGGCAGGUGGUCGGUGAUUUGAUGACACCAGCCCCAGUCGUUGUUAGUGAAACCACUAAUCUUGAGGAUGUUGCUAGAUUAUUGCUCGAGACAAAAUAUCGCAGACUUCCAGUUGUAGAUGACAGCGGUAAGCUGGUAGGAAUUAUUACAAGAGGAAACAUCAUAAGAGCUGCCCUUCAAAUAAAACAUGCUAGUGAAUCGAAAACAUUACAGCCAAACACAUAA